GUGGAGCUUGCAAAGCUUUAAAGCCCAAAUUUGCAGAAUCUACAGAAAUUUCAGAACUUUCCCAUAAUUUCGUUAUGGUGAAUCUUGAGGAUGAAGAAGAGCCCAAGGAUGAAGAUUUCAGCCCUGAUGGGGGUUAUAUUCCACGAAUCCUUUUUCUGGAUCCCAGUGGCAAGGUGCGUCCUGAAAUCAUCAAUGAGAAUGGAAACCCCAGCUACAAGUAUUUCUACGUCAGUGCUGAACAAGAUGGCUUCUGUGACUGAUGGUAAAGCUGGAGUCAAAGAUGCUUCUGACCAGAAUUUUGACUACAUGUUCAAACUGCUCAUCAUUGGCAACAGCAGUGUUGGCAAAACCUCCUUCCUCUUCCGCUAUGCCGAUGACACCUUUACCCCAGCCUUUGUCAGCACUGUGGGCAUCGACUUCAAGGUGAAGACAGUCUACCGCCAUGAGAAGCGAGUGAAGCUGCAGAUCUGGGACACAGCUGGGCAAGAGCGGUACCGGACCAUCACCACAGCCUAUUACCGUGGGGCCAUGGGCUUCAUUCUGAUGUAUGACAUCACCAACGAGGAGUCCUUCAAUGCUGUCCAAGAUUGGGCUACUCAGAUCAAGACCUACUCCUGGGACAAUGCGCAGGUUAUCCUGGUGGGGAACAAAUGUGACAUGGAGGAAGAGAGGGUUGUUCCCACUGAGAAGGGCCGGCUCCUUGCAGAGCAGCUUGGGUUUGACUUCUUUGAAGCCAGCGCCAAGGAGAACAUCAGUGUGAGGCAGGCCUUCGAGCGCCUGGUAGAUGCCAUUUGUGACAAGAUGUCUGAUUCGCUGGACACAGACCCCUCUGUGUUGGGCACCUCCAAGAACACCCGUCUCUCAGACACCCCACCGCUGCUGCAGCAGAACUGCUCAUGUUAGACAAGGCCCACCCUCCCGAUUUCCCCUUCUUGUAACCCCACACCCACUCUGCUUCCCGCAUUACACUCUGUCCACCCCCAGCCCCAAGCAAGCUGAGUUGCUGCUGUUCUUUGCCUGCAGUGGAGGUGGAAGCAUGCCCCUCGAAUUCUCUGCAGAUGGCCUCCCUUGCAGACACCCAGCCCCAAACCAACAACCAGGUCAUGGCAUGGGUUAAGGUUCACUUUACAAAAGAAGACUCAAUCUUACAAAGGGGAUUCACUUCAGGGACGUGGAGAGCGAGUCUCUUUUCUGCCUUUAAAAUAAGAUUUCCUCCUUUGACCAAAAUUUGACACAUGCACACUUUUCAGGCCUGGCCAACUAGGUAAGUGAGGCCAACCUACACAGCUAAUCCUAUUAAAGAAAACCUCCUCAUACACAACAUGCUUGUUUCAUAUCAGACUCCCUGUGGGGCUUCCUCUCAAAGCCCUAUGCCUAUUACCAUGGAUGCCCACAGGGCCUGGGCAGUUGCUGUGGUGACAGGCCAGAGCUAAUCUCGAGAGAGCUCAGACUCUCUAAUGAUGCUGAAGGAGCAAAGGCUAAGCCAGAAAUACAUUUAAAAGAAAAGAUUAUUCCCUGCAAAAUGUCAAAGGUUCCUGCUAUAUUAAAGAGUAGACGAGUGAGCUCGAGAAAGAGAAAGAGAAAGAAAAGAGAAUUACAGGCAAGAUAAAGGAACAGGUCAUGACUUUCUGAUUUUGCUGCUUUCCAGGUGAUUCUUAACUGUGGGAACUCCAUGAAAUUGGUCUUUGUUUUUUAGACUCCCAGAAUUUGAAAUAUUUAGAGUUACCUGGUAUGACUAGUCAAUUCCAGUCUUCACAUCUCUGAUAAGUGGCUGUCAGACCUCACAACCAAAUCUCUUUCUUCUAAAGCAUACCUUCUAGGCAGGGAUGGGAGCUCGUUGUCCAUACCAUCUUUGGGCAACUCUCAUAAUUGAAAGUUUUCCUUGCUUUAGGCUGAAAUCUGUGCCCUGGCAAUUCUUCUUCUUUUUACCCCAUUUGUACCAGCUCUGCUGUCAGAGACCUCACAGUCUCUGCCCCUUGACACCCUCAGAUAAUUUGAGAACAGAAAUCAUGACCUCUCCUUUUCUCCAAGUCAGAUAGUUCUGCUGUUCUUCAUGGUGUCUUCCCUCCAAACUGCUCUUUCCUCCAACCCAUCUUUCAAUCACUGCUGAGUAGUACAACUGGGAAAUGUAAUUUAAGGCAGAAUAAAUCUAGGGGGCAUGACCCUGAAAAAAUUGGGAAAACUGAACUCAGAGGUCCUAAUCCCAAACUCACCUUCCUGGGAGUGAAAUCUUAGUUUCCACUGAAGAGAGGAUGUGAAACCAUUCCUAGGGAAAGCUGCUUAAUUAAAGCUGCUUAAUUAGUCACAUAAUGAGUAAAAGGAAAAACCAAAACCAAAAUCAAAACCACAUGAAAACCUUUGACACCAGAAACAAAUGGAGUGGAUUCUAGCUUGUUUAGACAUGGCACAUGUUUGGUUUUUAGCUGAAAUAAUGUCAUGGAACUAGCACUGAUUCUUGAAAAAUCUUUCCUCCCAGCCCUAGCCCGAAUCCCCACUUCCCCCUUCACUAACAUGCCACCUCAGAAGUUGGUGGGGGAAGGGGGAGAGUCUCUCCCAAGUUUUUUGUCCAUUCCAAAUGCAGUUCGUUAUCCUAGGAAAGUACCUUAACUAGCAUAGGUCCAAUGACUGCAUAAGAGGACCCCCCAGAGUCCUCCCUGUGGAGAUGUUGCUUUCUUUGAUGUGAUGCAGAGGAUAGAGCUUUUGGACUUGGACUUGGAAUCAGGAGACCUGGACUCUGCCCUUAAAUCAAGUGUGACUCUGGACCAAUCACUCCAUCUCUGAGUCUUGAUUUCCCACCCAUAAAAUGUGGAGGUUAUUUGGGUAAUCUUUAAGGUCUCUUCUAGCACUAAUAAUUCUGUGACUCUUUUUUUCACUUUUAUCAUUUCAGUUGAUCUGCAAAAUGAACCUGAGAGAUGAGGAUUAUCACCCCAAUGUCAUUGUAGCUAACACUGAGGUCAUGCUUACUCUGUACUAAACAUUGUUCCGAGCACUGUACAUAUAUUAACUUAUCUUCUCAAUAUCUUUGUGAGGGAUGCACUAUAAUCAACCUCAUUUAAAGAUGAGGUUAAGUAAGAUACAAAAAGGUUCUUUAGCUUGCCUAAGGUCACAUAACGAGUAAAUAGUAGAGCUGGGGUUCAAAUCCAGGCAGUAGAUUCUAAGGUCUGUGCUCUUUAUCACAUUCUAUAUGAUGUUUUUUAUAGAUAAACUAUGACCCAAAAAGAUUAAGACACUUGACCAAGAUGAUACAGCUAGGAAGUAUUAGAGCCCUGUUAGGAUUCAAUCCCAAGGCCAUCAGAUUCAGAGUCCACUGGAGAAAAGACUUAUGUCUCUAAUCUGUUAACAAAUUACUCAACUAUUAAGACUAAUCCAAGAUGAUGGAUAUCUAAUGCUUCUGGAAAGGAGUCAGUCUCUGAGGCAAUCAGGUCCCAAGGGCCUGAGCGAAAAUUGUCCAAUGUUUUUCAGGACCAAGUCCCUGUAUCUGUCUCUGUCAGGAAAUUCUUACCUACCUCUCAAGCAAUGCUUUAAGCAGCCUCCAGCAAUGGAGCAUUUUGCAGGAGUGACUUGAUUAACUUCUUCAACCAUGGACAAAUGUGAUCCCUUUACAGGCAGUGAUUCUUGAUGUGCUUUUUAUACUGCUAAGUCAAUACAGGUCAGGGAUAAUCACUAUUUUUCUGGGCAGUAACACCCAUCUACCCUAGCACUAGGAUUUCAGACUGAGCUCCUUGUGACCUUUGGAUAUUUUAGUACAUAUAUCCAACAAUCUUUUCUCUCAUACUGGAUAUCCAGGCAAAUAGUGAAAUUUCUACUUAAAAAUUGUUAAAUUCUUUAAAACUCAGGAGCUAGUUUAAGAGAGCAAUCAUCUUCACAACAGAUAGAAUCAAGAGUUGAAUGUGAUAAUGGCAAACCUACUGGGCAACAGACCAACAGAGCUGCUUGCUAGAUGGCAGUCCCCCAGACCUGCUCUGUGACCUCAUUUCUGCCACAUGGAAGCCAGGAGCUUCCAGCCGAUUACAGUGCAAUGUUUAUCAAUCACAGUAAUAGUGCAAUGAGCCACCAAGGUUCAAGCUGCAUAAUAUGUGUUAGUGGCAACUUGUCCCGGUUUUCAUCUUGCUUAACAAUCCAAAUAAAGGAAGACUAAACAAACAAACAAAAACCUCUUGACCUCAAAAGAGGCAAAAGUAGGCCAAAUGUGCAAUACAGUAUUGUAGCUAUUUACAGAAUCUGUUUUAAAUGCAUGUGUAUCUGUAAAUACAAAGUGAUUCGUGACUUAUUAUUGUCUCCUCAGUCUGUAGCAUUAAUUAACUUCUGGGAGCAGCAAUGGGGUAGACUGUACUAAAUGGCCACAGACUCAAAUAUUAGAUCUGGAAGGAGUUUAGAGAAAAGCUUGUCCAGGCUUCCCAUUUUACAAAGAGGAAGGUUGCAGUCCUGGGAAAAGGAAAUUUCCUAAGGUCACUCUGAGAGUGUAUUAGUGAUAGAGUCAGGACUAGAUCUUGGGUUAUCUCUAGGUAGAAAUUUAUCUAUUCUGUAUCUACUGUGAGUCUGGCACUGUUAAACACUAGAUAAAUAUAUAUGAAAACAAAUUGUGCCUGCCUACAAGGUACCUAUAGUCAAAUGGAUGUGCUGUUUCUAAAAUAUUAUCCCAAUUUGGCAGUCAAGGAAACAUAGCCUUGGGAAAGUUAACAUGUUUAAGUCACUUGGUAGUAUCAUUUGAAUUCACCUCUGUCUGACUCAUUUUCAUUCAAUUUUUCUCUUCAAGUUGUGUCUCAGGAGUAGUAGUAGUGACCGACUCCAAUGUCCCAAUUGAGAUUGUUUAAUUAUCUCUGAGAAUUCUUUGCUCUCACGAUUACUUUGUGAGUGCAGCCUUGUAAUGUCCACAGAAUGAUAUGAAUAUCCUCCAGACCUGACUUUCCCAUUCACAUCACCUGCCGCUCCAAAGCUCUUUGCUUGGGUGUCAAGUUUUCUAGAGUGUCUUGAGGAAUGUUUGUCUGACUUUGUUUGCCAAUAGUUUGGGGUAAGAAGGAAUUAGAGUAAUUGGUGUCCUGGAAUCUCACUGAUUUCAGAUUCUGCAUCUCUACUACCCCUGAUUACCUGCCACAGUUGGAGGAUCAGCCUAUGCCUGGGAGUGCAUGCAAGAGACUGGCCCAUGAGACGUGAAUAUUGUUAAGUCAUGUUUUUGAAGGCCUGGAUCCCCAAAACUCAAAUUUAUUCAUUCACAUUUACUCAUUCAAUAAAUUAGUGUCUAGUAUGUGCCAGGAUAUAAUCAAUGGCAAAUUAAACACAAUCCUUGCCUUCAUGAAGCUUAUAGUCCAGUAGCUUGUGGUUUAGUCUAGACAUUGUAAAAUACCCAGAUAUAAUUACAAAGUGCUCUGAAGGAAAGAUACAUCAUUCUAUGAGAACACAACUGGAAAACUUGAAUCAUAUUUGUGGAGCUGUUUCAGGAAUCCUAGGAAGACUCCACUGACCCCCAAACACCUCCAUUACCCACUGGCCAUUGCUUUACAUUCCUCAAGCUUUCAUCUUUCAGUUCAAACCUUUGAUGAUUGAUCAAACAAAUCCUCCAAAAGAGUAAUGGUGAGAGAAAGAAUAUCUGUACUUGCAAAAUAUCUUUAGACUGCCUGGUUCAGAGCUAAUUAUUGUCUUCUGAGGGACAUAACAAACCACUACAAAACUUAGUGACUUGAAACAACAAACAUUUAUUAUUUCUCAUGAUUCCAUGGGUUGGCUGGGUGUUUCUCCCUGCUGAGGUUGGAUGGCCUAGAAUGAAUUCACUCACAUGCCUGGGGUCCCAGCUGACAUGACUAGGGUGGUUGAUGUCUCUGCAUGUGUUUUCAUCUUCCAGAAGCUGCCCAGGCUUGUUCACAUGGUGGCAGAAGUUUUUCCAGCAGCAUGAGAGGGCAAGCUCCAAUGCAGAAGUACUUUUCAAGCCUCUGUAUCAUGUUCGCUGAUGUCCCACUAAUACAAGUCAUGUAUAAGGUGUGGAGAAAGAGAUGCCAUCUCUUGAUAGGAGGAGCUGCAAAAUACUUUGGCUAUU